GUUGAGGAACGGGAAGUGAUUCCAAGUGUCCCUGGAAACUACAACGACCAAAGGGCCACGGGUUCCUGGGCCGUUUCUCAUUUCCGUUGAGUUCAACGUCUGGGGCUGCUUCUGAGGAAUCAGCUUGACUGGCCAGCAAGUUCAGCUCCGGCAAGUCAUUUGAUUCACCCGGUGAUGAAAUGGGGGUCAGCCAGUCUGUGGGCUUUCCACCUGUCACAGGACCCCACCUCGUAGGCUGUGGGGAUGUGAUGGAGGGUCAGAAUCUCCAGGGGAGCUUCUUUCGACUCUUCUACCCCUGCCAAAAGGCAGAGGAGACCAUGGAGCAGCCCCUGUGGAUUCCCCGCUAUGAGUACUGCACUGGCCUGGCCGAGUACCUGCAGUUCAAUAAGCGCUGGGGGGGCUUGCUGUUCAACCUGGCUGUGGGAUCUUGUCGCCUGCCUGUUAGCUGGAAUGGCCCCUUUAAGACAAAGGACUCUGGAUACCCCUUGAUCAUCUUCUCCCAUGGCCUAGGAGCCUUCAGGACUUUGUAUUCAGCCUUCUGCAUGGAGCUGGCCUCACGUGGCUUUGUGGUUGCUGUGCCAGAGCACAGGGACCGGUCAGCAGCAACCACCUAUUUCUGCAAGCAGGCCCCAGAAGAGAACCAGCCCACCAAUGAACCGCUGGAGGAGGAAUGGAUCCCUUUCCGUCGAGUUGAGGAAGGGGAGAAGGAAUUUCAUGUUCGGAAUCCCCAGGUGCAUCAACGGGUAAGCGAGUGUUUACGGGUAUUGAAGAUCCUGCAGGAGGUCACUGCUGGGCAGACUGUCUUCAACAUCUUGCCUGGUGGCUUGGAUCUGAUGACUUUGAAGGGCAACAUUGACAUGAGCCGUGUGGCUGUGAUGGGACAUUCAUUUGGAGGGGCCACUGCUAUUCUGGCUUUGGCCAAGGAGAUCCAAUUUCGGUGUGCAGUGGCUCUGGAUGCUUGGAUGUUUCCUCUGGAACGUGACUUUUACCCCAAGGCCCGAGGCCCUGUGUUCUUUAUCAAUACUGAGAAAUUCCAGACAAUAGAGAGUGUCAAUUUGAUGAAGAAGAUAUGUGCCCAGCAUGAACAGUCUAGGAUCAUAACCGUUCUUGGUUCUGUUCAUCGGAGUCAAACUGACUUUGCUUUUGUGACUGGCAACUUGAUUGGUAAAUUCUUCUCCACUCAAACCCGUGGGAGCCUGGACCCCUAUGAAGGGCAGGAGGUUAUGGUGCGGGCCAUGUUGGCCUUCCUGCAGAAGCACCUCGACCUGAAAGAAGACUAUGAUCAAUGGAACAACCUUAUUGAGGGCAUUGGACCGUCGCUCACCCCAGGGGCCCCCCACCAUCUGUCCAGCUUGUAGGCACAACUGGCCGUUUGUAAAGUCACUUCAGCCAAGUUUUCAUUUGGGAGCUACCCAAGGGCACCCAUGAGCUCCUAUCAGAAAGUGAUCAACGUGACCCGUUUUCUCAGAUUGAAAGGUGUAAUCACACUGCUGCUUGGAUAACUGGGUACUUUGAUCUUAAAAUCACUUUGGGACUGGGAUCACUUGCUGAUUGACAAACAGACUUUCUGGGACCUUAAUGGAGUGGGGAACAAGCGGUAGAGUGGGACUGGAGGAGACCCAGGCCCCAGGCUGAGCACUUUGAGGCCUGGAUGAGAAGACUCAUCCCAGCGAGCUCAUUCCCUCACCUCUGGUCAGUGCUGCUGCUUCAGUGGAAGAGAUGAAGCCAAAGGAUAGAGUGAAAAUUGCUACCUUCAGAGACUCUAGCCCAGCCCAACACCAUCUCUUCCUAUCUCGUAGCCCUCUCCCUCCCCAGGGCCACUUGUUGAAGUCUGAGUACUUUAUGUAAAUUUCUAGGGUAUGAGCCGUGAUCACGUUUUCUGUUUAUUUCCAAGUCUUCUCAUUGUAUGGAACAUAGUACUACUUAUACUUACAGUAGUAAGUUGUACUUGUGAGCCCACAGAGAGGCAGACAGCAUGGCUCUCACAACACAGGGAGAAAAACUGAGGUACAAAGAGGUACCUCAGAAGCUCUGGAUUCUUUGGGGGUUUUGCUAAAAGCGUAUCUUGAUAGGAAACAACACAAGCAGGUUGAGAUGGUGAAGAUGACUCAACAACAGUGUUAAAUGGCCAUUUGCACAGGCCUUUGUCACAACAGAGAAGUAGUUUGGUCAGUUAAAACUUAGCUACAGCCUAACAGUACAGCCAGACCCCAUCUUAAAAAUAAAGAAGGCUGGGCGCGGUGGCUCAUACCUAUAAUCCCAGCGCUUUGGGAGGCCAAGGUGGGCAGAUCACUUAAGGCCAGGAGUUCGAGACCACCUGGCCAGCAUGGCGAAACCCUAUCUCUAUUAAAAAUAAGAAAAAUUAGCCUGGUGUGGUGGCAGGUGCCUCUAAUCCCAGCUACUGUGGAGGCUGAGGCAGGAGAAUCACUUGAACCCAGGAGGCAGAGGUUGUAGUGAGUCAGGAUUGUGCCACUGCACUCCAGCCUGGGUGACAGAGCAAAACUCUGUCUUAAAAAAGAAA